AUGACAGAUUACUUGAGGGCUGUAAUUGAAACACAACUUAUAGGAGCAUUCAGAGUGGCAAUAACGAUGCCUUUAGAACAUGUACUAGAUAGAAUCAAGACCUACAAGCAGUCAAGAUUGGGAAUCACCUAUUUAUAAGUAUAUUUUAUUUUUGUAUUUUAGAGUUUUAGAGAAAUAAAGGGGUGUCGAGGUUACCUGGGAUUAUACGAUGGUUUCUAUCCUAGCUUCCUUAGAAACAUGUUCAAAUAGUACUAUCGUUGGCCAAUGAUGAUCUUUAUCCCAUCUUUUCUUAAAGAGCAUAUUGAUAAUUCUUCUCUAAAUAAGAUUCUCACUGGGAUAUCAAUAGGAUUAUUUGAGAGUUGUCUCAUAACACCAUUUGAGAGAUUAAAAACACUAAAAAUGACCACAAUGUCCACAGGAUUUGGAUACUUAAAAUACAUAACUCUAGAUUCCAUCUACGUUGGAUUUCGCAUCCAAACUACUCGAUAGGUAGUAUCCUGGACAAACUAUUUAUACUGGGAUCACAAGCUUAGAUAUGCGCUGAAAGGAGAUCCCUCUCAGAAGUUAAGCUUAGUAAAUGGCUUGAUUGCUUCAUUUAUUUCAAGUGUUUUGAAUAUAAUGGCAGGUUAAAUAUAAAAUUUAUUUAUAGUUCAUCCAAUUGAUACAUUAAAGACACUAGUCUAGAUGGAAUCUAAUCAGGGAUAUAGAAAGAUUCCCUUAUGGUAAGCUUUUUAGUUGGUAUUUCAAUAACAUGGUCUAUCUGGUCUAUAUGCUGGUUGGCAGGCAAGAAUAAUAGCCUAUUUUUGCUAAGCGGCUUUGACAACUCCAACUAUAGACUAUCUGGAGAGGAAUUACGGAAUUGCCAAAAGAAAUGAUAAAUGA